AUGAGUAGAACGUGUUUGUUCCUAGCAUGGCUUACAAUACUGUGUUGGGCCGGACUUACCAACGGGCGGCAGGUGGGAAGAUGCAGUCUUGUGCGUCAGCUCCAUCGCUAUGGUGUGCCUUAUAACGAGCUGCCCGACUGGAUGUGCCUGGUUGAGGGUGAAAGUUCGUUUAACACCAAGGCCAUUAAUCCCUAUAAUGUGGAUGGGUCUGUGGAUUGGGGUCUCUUCCAGAUCAACGACAGAUACUGGUGCAAGCCAGCCGACGGGCGACCAUCAACGGAUGGCUGUCGUUUGCCUUGCAGACUCCUGCUCAGCGAUGAUAUACGCUACUCCAUAGCCUGUGCCAAGUACAUAAGGCGGCAGCAAGGAUUUUCCGCAUGGGUGGCAUGGAAUAAUCGCUGCCAGGGUGCCAAGCCUAGUGUAGGGCAUUGCUUUAAACGGCGCAACAGAUAUUUUGGCUGA